AUGCUCGCCUCCAAGCGAAGAUCUCCCGCCUCCAAGCCGUGCCGCGGCGUGAUGCGUGACAGUUGCGUGAUCUAUACUGGUAAUUGCAGAAGCUUCCAUAUGCAUUCGGCCAUACAAUGCAAGGUAUGUAAGUGGAAACUGCCGGACUUCAUGUCUGCUGUGGAAGCGCAAAUCAAGGAGGAUCUGAGCCGGGAGCGCGUACGUUUGAAAGCUCCGGUCAGACCUGUGGCUACACCGCAGGUCCCCACGUCCUCCACGCCUGUCAUUGUCGACGCGCCGGUUACAGGCUUGCGAGACGCCUGCGCGGCGGAAACGCUGGGGCUGCUCAAGAAGGAGCGGACGCUGAGACGAAGCUGA